AAAGAUUGAAACUUUGGUGAAGUCGUGAAUUUUUUUCAUAAAAGGUUCUAAUAGAAAUGGAAAAGGAAGUGGGUGAGGCGGGUUCUUCUCUUGCGUACAAGCUUUUAUUUUCAUGCCCUUUUGGUCUGUCUCAGCCACAGCUGUCCGUAUUUUUCGGUGAAUCCUACGAUAGAAUUCCUCAUUCAGACACGAAUUUGGAGAAUUCCAUUUCUGAGAUAUGGGACCAGAGGGUUCAGAAAAAUGGAUCUUUAUUCAAUGGCAAGAAGUUUAGGUACGGAGGAUAUAGUCACAAGAGUGGAGAUGCAUCAAAGCAAGAGUCUUUUGUAUGCCUCCACCUCGGAUUGACAGAUUACGGAACUUUUGUAGGGACAAACUUGAACCCUUGGUGGGAAAAAUUCUUGGUUGCAUCAGAAGAUGACCCGACACAGUGUCAACACACCUCAAGCCCUCUUGGAAAUGGUGCAAUCGUGGAGACAUCUGACAAGUUAAUAGUGGUGCUGCAAAGGAGUCAUAAUGUUGGUGAAUUUUCUGGGCAUUUUGUUUUUCCAGGGGGGCACCCUGAGCCUCAAGAAGUGGGCAUAGAAACCCACAAAUUCAGCAAAGACUCGAAAGAUUCCGAGCUUGUCAAUAAAAAGGUUUCCCAAGAGAUGUUUGAAAGCAUUAUUCGUGAAGUUGUUGAGGAAAUUGGAGUACCUACUACAUCCCUGUCAGAUCCUCUUUUUAUUGGCAUAUCUCGCAGGGUUUUGAAUGUUAGACCAGCUAUAUUUUUCUUCAUUAAAUGCAGUCUUGAAUCAAAAGAAAUUCAUCAACUAUAUUCCAAGGCACAAGAUGGCUAUGAAUCUACUCAACUUUAUACAGUCUCAAUGAUUGAAGUAGAGCAGAUGAAAUCUAAAAUGCCUGGCUGCCAUCAAGGUGGGUUUGCACUCUAUAAGAUGAUGGUUGAAGCCUCGAAGAACAUCUGAUGCUAGCUCACAUAUGCUACUCUCUUCAAGGUUUUGCCUUUUCUAGAUAUUUCCAUCUUAAAGUUUGCUUUAUAUGAUUUCAGAGCACGACGUUCAGUUCAUAAAAUUUGGUGUAACUAGAAUAUUUUAACUGCUUUUGACGAAUUUUUAUGCACGCAAAAUUUUAUGUUAGGGGUGAACUUA